AUGGCACGUGAAAAAAAUACGUCGAAAAGGAUGAAGUUAAUUUGCCUGGUUUUAAUAUUUUCGAAUUUUAUUAGAAACGUUAGAACCAACAGCGAAUCGAGCGGAGAAUAUCUUCAAAAGGUGAUGUUCCAACUUCAAGAAUUCAAUGUUCCCUCGCCUAUUAAUAUUUACGAUAAAAUGUCGUCACCAAGUAAGAACGUAAUUUAUACGAACAGAGAUCGACAAAAUCACGGAGUCCAAAGAAUCAAUAUGAACACGCGAUGGAAUGCGCAAAGAUAUCAAAAUCAUAGUUUGCAACAUCACGAUCCUGUAUUUAACAAAAAGAUCGAUUUACAUCCAAUUGAUUUAAGUUUUUCACAUUAUCAUGAACCACACGUUGUUCCUACCGUUACUAAAAUAAGAGAACCGGAAGUGCUUGGAUUUACAAGGGCAGAAUUGGCAGCUAUGUAUAAAAGCGCUUUGCAAAAGGGAUCGACGAUCAGUUUGUCUUCAUUAACAAAUGCACUCUCCUCCGGCGAGAUACCUCAAGUUACGCAAACUCACGUGGAAUUCCCAAUCAAGCAGCCUCUCUAUCAAUAUUACUUCUUCCCGCUAAAAACUUUUAUGUCAGAACUUAAAAAAAAUCACGGUUACAAAACGAUUCCUGUCUCUGCAUAUGACAACACGGAAGCUGCACAAACUACUCAAACGCAGUUAUCAAAUCCUCUUUUUGUAGCCAUAAGUACUUUUGUCACUAUGGCAAUUGUAUUCAUGAUGAGCGUUCUUUUCUUGCCAAAACUUGCUCAACUCGAUAUAUUACCAGCGCGAAGUAUUCAAGAUGAUUUCUUUUAUCUAACGAACAUAGUUACGAAUGCUAUCGAACAUUAUAAUUUGUUGGAGAAAUUUAGAAAUCAUCGGAUAAAUUCUCUCAGGUAGUUUAUAAUAUAAUGAGUUAAAUAAUGUACAUAGCUAAGUAAAUGUUAUAAUUAAUAUUAGACAUAUAAAAAACAUAUAA